AUGGAGCAUCCGCGCCCCGUUCUUCCGUCACAGCGGUACUCCCCCUCACCCGUCUACAGUUACGAUAGCAGACGAUGUACGCCUACGGGGAGACAGCCCUUGAGGGAGUCAACCGGCAACGCUCAGCCAGGAUCUCAUCUGGGCAGUUUGGCCUCGUCGUGUCGUAACAGCCCGCUGGGUCUUUUCUCACCGGGCUUGACCAACAUCCCGACCCCUCCUGUGGUUCCUUCCCAGGCCGGGACUGCCUACAGAAGCAGUAACAGCCUUCGUAGGCCAGACGCUCUUCACUUGGCGAGACGAGGGCGACAUGACAUCAACCCCAUCUACUAUGCACCAGAGUUUCGCCCAUACCGGGACAAGCAAGAUCAGAAGGACCCAAAUGAGAAGCAGAUAUGGCCUAGAGUUUUGGAAGAUGCUUUUCUCGACUCGCUGCUCAUCAUCCCCCACAUGGGGAGGAAGAAGUACAGCAUGCAGGGAAAGCAGUUUGGCCGCAACAUGCUCAUCAGUGAAUAUCUUUGGAUCGCCUACUGUUGCAGCUUGCAACCCGGACAAAAGGCCGAGGAGCGAAAGCGAAAGCAAGUGUCCAGUCACAUCCAAGUCGUCAAAAAAAUGUUUGAAAAGCACCGGUGCUAUCACUUCUUCUUCGUCAAGGAUCCAGACAAGAGCGAAGCCCGUCUCAAGGACAACCUGGAAAUGGCCUCCUUCAAAGACAACCCGGUUCUCAUUGCUCUUUCCGAGGGUCGCCUUCCGGACGUGCGUCCCAACUAUGAGUACUUUGCCCAGAUUCUCGCCAUGGAUUCACUCGUGGUCAUGCGCCCCAAGACCUGCUGGAUUUUCGUGGCUUCCUCCAAUGUGAGAAUGGAGGAGAACGGUGACGCCUACGACCAACAUGGUAAACUCCUCGACCACGAUUACUACCCUCACUUGGAGAAGAACAUGCACAAAGAAGACGGUCUGUCCCGCGGUCUGAACGGCAGCGUUCUUCUACACGAGUACAACCGGGAGCUUGCUCAGAAGGAGUCCUCGGCCGUCACGGAACUCUCUCAGGAGUGGGAGGCCAAGUUCACACCCCUCCACAAAUCUCUCGAGUACGCCAUUUCCGAUAACAAGUGGCUCGACAUCUUGGAGAUGACUGUGACGUUGGAGAUACACCCUCGCAGCAAUUUCCCAGGCGGCUCAGAACUCAAUGGCUUCGUCGAGCUGAGCAUCUCUCAGCCUGCUCUGCAAAACCACCGCUGGAAGUGUGUCACCAAGCUCGCCAGACCGGAGGAGCUCCGCCACGGCGACAACGAGCCGUGCGUCGUGGAGCAAACCAGCGAAGUCGGGGUCCAGUACACUCACAGACCCGGAUGCCAGGACAACAAGUUCGACUGCGACUGCCGAUCCCGUCCCAGGCAGGAUGUGCGAGUUCCCUUCCCCGCGGCCGAAUGGGCCAGCAUCUUGAGUACUUGCGCCGGAUAUCUCGAGCCAGUCGAGAACAAGAACAAGAUCGAAGACGACGACGAGAGGGCCAAGGCCGCUGAAGAAGCCGCCCUGGAAGCAGAACGCACCACGGCAGAGCUGAUCCAACAAGUCGGCAUGUUCCAAGAGCUGUGGUCCGCACCGCCUGACAACAACACCAACAACCCCGACCGUCGCGUCUGGACCCGACGUGGCAUCAUCCUCUGGAAGUUCCGCACCAUCCACGCCUUCGACGACAAGUGGAACCCCAUCUUUGAGAAGCCGGCAGCGCAGAAAGGCAAGCGACCGACGGACGAGGAUGGUGACGAGCAACCCGCUAGCACCUCUUCCCGUCGCGGAGGCCGUCCCAAGCGGGUUUUCAACCCCCCGGGCACCACUUGGCGCUUCCUUACGGCUCUCGACCCCGUCUCGCAGGCCCAUCAGCAGAACGUCUGCGUGAACCCCGCCGCCGCUCCCACCCGCGACAUGCUCAUGGCGCCCACCCCUCCCUACUCCCACCACCUAGCCGCCGUCAUGAACGACAACCUCAGCUCCGCCUGGGACUCCGUCACCAUGCCUUGCCAGCUGCCCAGCCUCGCAUCCACCGGCACUCUCGGCCUGAUGGACAGCUUCUCCCACGGACUCGCCACGCCUCCCCCGACGGCGUCCAUUCACUCCUCCUACGCAAGCAGCUACGACGGCCACGAGCUCGCCAGCGGUCCCCACCAUCAGCUGGACUUCCUGGCUGGCUCGGGCACGACCUCCAUGGACAGCCAGAGCACGCUCGUCGCCGACAUGACGCCGACACCCGCCGACCCGUUCCUGUCCGCGACGGCGGGUAUCCAGGUUUCAAACGGCGUGGGCGUCGGCGUGUACGACGACACGGCGGACGUCGAGGGGAUGUCCGAAUGGGACACGGCGACCUCGUCCUUCCACAGCCUCCACCACUGGAACGGCUGGAACGACCCGGCCUCGUCGUCGUCGUCAUCGGACGUCAAGACGCAGCAGCAUCAGCAGUGGCAGAGCGAGAACCAGCGCAGCACGGCGGCCAACGCCAACCUCUGGGCGGACAGCAGCAAAGAUCACCAUCACCAGCAGCACCACCACCAACACUCGUCCUGGAACCAGCAGCCGUGGGCUCAGGCCGUCUCGGCAGUCGCGGCGGUGGCCGGCACGGACGGCAGGUCGGGCUGGUCACCCCUGGACCAGCAGCGCGGGCUUCCCUCUCUCGAGUCCAUCAGCCCGCUCAAGUCGCUCGCCAGCGCCGGCGGCGGCAGCAGGAAGAGGGCGCGCUCCAACAGCCUCGACAUGGAGAGCCGGGAGAACUUCCCCGCCACGGCCAUCCAGAAACUGGUGCACCACCGAGCGCCGGCAGCUGUGAUGGAUGAGGGCGGUCACGGGCACCGGAGUUGGGACUGA